AUGGCUCCUCAAUGCGCCGCGGCAGGACCGCCACACAGAUGCGUCAACCGCCUGCUAUCUGGAGGCCCGAGCACUUUGCUGUGAGAGGGAAGGAGGGGGAGAAGUAAAUACAAGCUUUAAGAAAGGGUGGAGAGCACCAGACAUCCGAGAUUGUGGACAAUCACGUUGACGCUGUUUGCAGUCGUAACUUUGUCUGUCACAGAGACCGACACAAGACCACCGAGAGCCAUGGGUUCGUGCACAGAUGAAGAAUUCAAAGAUAAAUUACUAUGGAAUGUGAAAAGAGAGGUGAAACAGAUCAUGGAGGAGGCGGUGACUAAGAAGUUUGUCCAUGAAGACAGCAGCCACAUCAUCGGCCUGUGCCGCACCAUCGAGGCGUGUCUGAGCCACCUGUUGAAACGGCGAGCAGCGGGCUUCCUGCGUAGCGACAAGAUCGGCGCCCUUUUCACCAAGAUCGGCAAGGUCAACGCCACGGCCGGAGAGGUGUGCCGGAAGGUCCAGGAGCAGCUCACACAGCAGGCAGAGGUCACCAGAACCCAGAGGACCCAGCGUGUGGGUCAGGAGCCCCUGAAGAGGCAGGGGUCGUCGUCUGCAGGUCGCGCCCCCCAGCCCCUCUCCGCUCAGGCCAUCAAGCACAUCUGGGUUCGCACCGCCCUCUUCGAGAAGGUCCUGGACAAGGUCGUACAGUACAUUGUGGAUAACUCCAGUAAGUACUAUGAGAGGGAGGCUCUGAUGCAUGACUCAGUGUUUGGACCCAUCCUGGCAUGUCUACUGGUGGGCCCCUGUGCUCUGGAGUACACUAAGCUGAAGACGUCCGACCACUUCUGGACGGACCCGACGGCCAACGAGUUGGUCGAGCGCCACCGGAUCCACGGGGCCCACCGGGGCCAGGACGCUUCCCCCAGCAGGAGGCCCGCUCUGGGGAUCCAGAAGAGACAGUCCAGCGUCAGCAUGUCCGAGGAUAAGUUUGCGGCGUCUGCGCGGGAAUACGUGGAGUCUCUUCACCAGAACUCCCGUACUCACCUGCUCUACGGCAAAAACAACGUCCUGGUCCAACCGAAGAAAGAGAUAGAGGUGUUGCGGGGGUACCUGUCUCUUCACCAGGCAGGGGACAACCUCACCUUGAAGUGGACCCCUAACCAGCUCAUCAACGGCACCCUGGGGGACUGUGACCUGGACAAGAGUAUCUAUUGGGACUAUGCGUUGACCGUGCCUUUACGACAGGUCGUGUGCAUUCACUGUCACCAGCGACCGGACUGUGGUGGGACUUUGGUUCUGGUUAGUCAGGACGGUAUCCAGCACCCCCCACUCCACUUCCCCCCCGGCGGCCACCUCCUGUCCUUCCUGUCCUGCCUGGAGACGGGCCUACUGCCCCGCGGUCAGCUGGAGCCACCACUCUGGAGCCAGAGAGGCAAGGGUAAGGUGUUUCCUAAGGUAAGGAAGAGGACCAGUACAGUCAGGCCGAUAGAUCAGGAGGGAGAGGAGCAGACAGCAGCUGACUAUGUGUUCCGUAUCGUCUAUCCUGGACACCACCACGACUCCACAGUGACUAUAAACUACCACCACACCACGGGCAGCCGUGCUCCCUCGCUGGAUGAUGAUGAAGAGGAAGAGGACAGACUCCAGGCUAUGAUCUCAAUGAUCUGUUGGCGGAACCUCACAGAUCCUAAUGUCAUGAAAGACCAUGGGGAGAUGAUGGACAUCCAGGGAGCCUAUACGGGAGGCAGCCCGUCGUCAUGGCAGCAGGCAGCAGAGUGCACCAGUCACAUGUCGUCAUGUCUGUGUUGCUCCACAAGGGGCAGUAAUGUCUCCUUGGAAUACCCAGCAGGCUGCACCUGCAUCCACGACCGUAUCCCUCUGAAGAUGCUGUGCCAGAAUAUGAAAAGGCAGAUCGUGUCCAGGUCCUUCUACGGAUGGCUGGCCUACUGUCGACAUCUGUCCACGGUCCGUACCCACCUGUCAGCACUGGUCAGCCACAACAUUGUCCUUCCUGAUAAACCUUGCGAGGCAUCGGGGGGACUGAGCAGAGACGUGUGGAAAAUGUACCAGAAAGACUGCAAGAACUAUAAGGAGUUGGAGUUGUUGUGGCUGGUGUAUUACGGAGGUGUACAGCAUGACAUCAGGAAGGAAGUCUGGCCCUUCCUGCUGGGUCACUACAAGUUUGGCAUGGGCCAGAAGGACAUGAACCAGAUCGAUGAGAAGAUCGGUGCACGGUACCAGCAGGUGAUGAAGGAGUGGAAGGCCUGCGAGGUGAUCGUCAAGCAGAGAGAGAAAGAGAUGCAGUCGGCCAUCUUUGCUAAUCUUUCUUCAGGAAGCAGCAUAGAGAGCCACAUCCUCAGACACAGAGACUCCACUCUCUGCAAUGAGGUGUUCAUGUCAGUGGAUGAGCCCGACACAGGGGCGGGGGGGCAGGAAACCCCAGGAGGGGGAGGGAGAGACACCACCGGCCACUCUACAGUGAUUCUCCCCGCAGCCAGUGAGGCACUAGCUCCUGAUGAGCGCCCCCUAGUGGAGUUUGACUCCCCUGACUCCGGGCAGUCUCAGAUUCUCUCCUCUAUCGACGAUGGACAGAGCACGGAGGAGAAGGGGGGAGCCGGGCAGGAGGGGGGAGCCGGGCAGGAGGGAGGAGCCGGGCAGGAGGGGGGAGCAGGGGAGGAGGCUCGGCCACACUCGUACAGUGUGACGGAGGAGAAGGGGCGACAGGAUUGGUUGAGUGAGGAGAUGCUGUGCAGUCAGCUGGAUAAGUUGAUGACCAAUGAGAAUGGAGGAGCAGAGGGGAUGCCUUCACUCUCCUCCUAUACGAUUGAGCUGUUGGACACAGUGGCUCUGAACCUCCACAGGAUAGAUAAAGAUGUUCAACGCUGUGACCGUAACUACGGCUACUUUACGACCGCUAACCUGGAGAAACUACGCAACAUCAUGUGCAGCUAUGUGUGGGAGAAUCUGGAGAUGGGUUAUGUCCAGGGGAUGUGUGACCUGCUGGCUCCUCUCAUGGUCAUCCUGGACGAUGAGUGCCUGGCGUACAGCUGUUUCACCCAGCUGAUGAAGAGGAUGAGCCAGAACUUCCCCAACGGCGGAGCCAUGGACACACACUUCACCAACAUGAGGUCCCUCAUACAGAUCCUGGACUCUGAGCUGUUUGAGCUGAUGCAUCAGAAUGGAGACUCCGCCCACUUCUAUUUCUACUACCGUUGGUUCCUGUUGCACUUCAAAAGAGAGCUGCUGUACCAGGAUGUGUUCUCAGUAUGGGAGGUGAUCUGGGUGGCCCCUCACAUCUCCUCUCAGCACUUCAUCCUGUUCCUGGCCCUGGCUCUGGUAGAGGUCUACAGAGAGAUCAUCAGAGACAAUACCAUGGACUUCACUGACAUCAUCACCUUCUUCAACGAGAUGGCAGAACGUCAUGACGUGCAGCACAUCCUUCAGAUCGCCAGAGAACUGGUGCUCAAGGUCCAGUCUCUCAUCGAGAACAAGUGAUGAAGAGGAGGAUGAACAGGGCAGGAGGAAGAGGAGGGUGAACAAGGCCAGAAGAGGAGAGGUAGAGAGGAGCCAGAUACCAUCACUCCACCCCUCCACCUGCCCAUCCAUCCUCUGCAUCCAGCACAGCUCCCUCCCUCUCUUACCCCUCUUUAUACCUCACACACCUGUGGAAGAGACGGAGACGUGGGCCCUCUAUCCCUCCAGCCAGACCAGUGAAGGGUGAAGGCUCCAGGUUGACCAUCCUGGCCUGGAUGAAGGAGAGAACAGGGGGAAAGGAGAUGGAUGUUGGCUGGGUCCUGGUCUAGGUCUGGUUCUGGUCCUGGACUGGGUCUGGUCUGGGUUUGGUCUGGGUCUGGUCCUGGUUCCAGUGCUAAGUCUGGGUCUAGGUCUGGACCUGGUCCUGGACUGGGUCUGGUCUGGGUCUGGUCUGGUCCUGGACUGGGUCUGGUCUAGGUCUGGUCUGGGUCUGGUUCUGGACUGGGUCUGGUCCUGGACUGGGUCUGAUCCUGGUUCCAGUGCUAAGUCUGGGUCGAGGUCUGGACCUGGUAUAUAGAUGUUGUUUACAAGCACCCGGUCACAGAAAGCCAUGGUUAGUUGGUUGCUGUCAGACGUUUGGAGUUGUGUUUAUGCUCCUUAGUUGGAUCACACUGUGACUGCCCGCAUUUUAUUAUUCUCUACUAUUCACCAGGGGUGGCAGGAAGCUUAGUGGUGAGAGGCAGGUAGCCUAGUGGUGAGAGGCAGGUAGCCUAGUGGUGAGAGGCAGGUAGCCUAGUGGUGAGAGGCAGGUAGCCUAGUGGUGAGAGGCA